UUUACGCUUGCGGAUGCUGUUGAGUGACGAGGUGUGGUCGGUCGCUGCUGCGAGGACACCGUGAAGUGGGGGAAAAACAAAGUGAUGUCUACGUGACAGCGACGAAAUUGAAAAAAAGGACUGUACCGCCUCAGCCGUAAGUGACCGUGCAUCGUAUGCCGAUUGUGUCGGUAGUACGAAAGGAUCUAUCGCAUCUCCCGAGCUCAUCGUCGUGUUUCAGCUUGUGGCGUCCGCCACGCUACAGCAGGAAUGUUGUGGCAUGCUUUUUCGGAAGUGGUAACCCGAUGAUUCGCCCGUCGAGCCGCUCCGGCUGAUUGAGUAGUAGUCAUCUAACCGGCUACUUCUCGCUACACCCUUCAGAUGGCUACCACCGAGACGGCGAGGCUCGGCCUGCUAUGUUUAUUCUUCGCGAGCGUCGUGUGGGGUCAGGAGUGUCCGCGCGGAUGGGUGGACUAUGGCCAGUCGUGUUACAAGUUCAACCGCUCUCCGUACCGGACACGGGAUGGCGCCAAGGAGGCCUGCCAGGCGUACAACUGUGAGCUGAUCUCAGUGAACACGUUCGAGGAGCACCGCUUUGUCGUCGACUGGUUGCGGGAGCAUGAUCCCCAACAUCGGAGGUGGUUCACGAGUGGCUUUGAGAGUGGUGACAAUGUGUGGACCUGGGAAGGAGACAAUGCUCAGUUCAGCAACAUCGACAACCUCUGGCUGCCUCAGCAGGAUGGCUACCUUUGGAAAUAUGUCUCCUACAACUUCUCAACCGAGCUGAACCGCUGGGGCCUUCAAAAAGUUGCCCCGGAGAUGAGCUGGCAUUCAUCUGCUGAGAUUCCCAAGGAAAGACUCUUCCAGAUUUAUAUUCAGGAACGACCUCUCGACUUUGGGUACAUUCUGACCAACCGAGAGGAGGUGCCUCAGGGUCCUUACUUUGUCGAAGAGCCCGCGGAGGUCAUCUUCGACCAAAGUGGUCGUAGCCAGACCAACGACAUCUCCCUGCGCUGUGUGGCCGAGGGAAACCCGCGCCCUACGUACAAGUGGUUCAAGGAGGAGUAUGCGAACGAUGAGCUCCUCAAUAUUUACAUUGACCCACUCUCCAAUGGCCGUUUCACGCAAACGGACGGGACCUUGACGAUUCAUUACCCGGAUCAGACCAGAGACAGGGGCAAGUACCACUGCAUGGCCGAGAACAAGUACGGCAAGGUCCUCUCUCGCUCUGUUGCUCUCGGUUUUGGCUUCAUCGGAGAGUUCAACAAGAACCGAGCCGGUGACAGUGGCAAAGAAUUCUGGGGGAAAUCGGUGUCGUGCGACCCACCGCAGUUCAAUCCAGCAGUGCACUACUUCUGGGUGCGUAAUGCUUUCCCGGACUUUGUGCAAGAAGAUCCCCGUGUGUUUGUGUCGCACGAUGGCAACCUGUACUUCUCGUCCCUGGAGAAGAACGAUGACGCUAACUACUCCUGCAACGUUCAGAGUCGCAUCUCGUCAACGGGCCGCACGGGACCCUAUUUCCACCUUUUGGUCGAGCCCGCCUCGAGCGGUCAGAAGCUCCUGUUUCCCAACAACUUCCCGAAGUCGUUUCCCGAGGCCCCACUGGCUGGCAACGAUGUGCGCCUGGAGUGCAUUGCCUAUGGAUAUCCCGUGCCCAAGUACAACUGGACCCGUGUGGGAGGCCCCAUGCCAGCAGGGGCACAGAUCAGUUCACACGGCCGUGUGCUACUUCUGCCUAGUGUGCGCGUUGAAGACCUCGGCGAGUACGUCUGCAUCGCCAGCGCCGAUCAAGACAGCAUUCGCAAGGGUGUCACUCUGACCAUACAGGCGAUGCCCGAGUUCACCAUCCCGCUGGAACACCAAGUGGCGGACGAGGGUUCCCGACUUACGUGGACCUGCGAGGCAUUUGGCAUCCCUGAAGUGGUGUACCACUGGUACCGCAACGGCGAGGUGCUCAACACCAAUAACUCGAAUGACAUGCGAGCCCGAUACAAGGUGGACGACAACAUCCUGGUCAUCGAGGACCUCAACCGGGCUGAUGAAGGCAUGUACCAGUGUUCGGCCACGAACUCUCUUGGCACCAGCUUUUCCACGGCGCAGCUGAGGGUCGUCACCAUGGCACCCAAUUUUGCCAAGUACCCCCUGGACACGGAGAUGUACGCUGCCGAGGAAGGCAACAUCACCAUCCCUUGCCGUCCGGAGGCGGCUCCUUACCCGGAGUUCACUUGGCGAAAGAACGGCUACACCUUUGCUCUUGGGGGUAGGACACAGAUGCUGAGCAAUGGCUACCUGCGGAUCGAUCCAGUGCGGCGGGAAGACGAGGGCAACUACACGUGUGUCGUCAAGAACCAGUAUGGCACUGCCAGCAGCACUGGUGCCCUUGUCGUGCUGUCGUUGCCGCGCAGCGUGGAAACGCCUCCCCCGAAGGUGGUGGCCACGGUGGGGAGCCUGGAGGAGCUGCACUGCCAUGCGCUAGGCGCCGCAUAUGCUCGACUGUCCUACAUCUGGCUGCACAAUGACCUGCGCAUACAGCCACAUGAGUGGCCCCAAUACGGAGUGGGUUACCGGCCAGGCUACCUGGUCAUCUACAAUGUGAGCUUCGCCGAGGCUGGUCGCUACACCUGCAUCGCCAAGACGUCAGUGGGCAAAGUGUUUUCCAACACUGAGCUGCUGGUUUUGGGGCCCCCAGGUCAGCCCGGUGCAGUGCUGGGGCACUCGUUCAACGCCACCUCCGGCUUCAUAGAGUGGGCCGACGGAACCAGCCAUGGCAGCCACAUCACAAGCUACUCCAUCGAGGGCCGCACCAACCAUAACGCCACCUGGAGGGAACUGCUGAAUGUGCGUACGCCCCACCUUCAAAGCAACACCAAGCAUCAGGGCCGGCGGGAAGUGGAGCUCGGCAAUGUGUUAUCACCAUGGAGCAAAUACGAGUUUCGGGUGACCGCUGCCAAUAUUCUGGGGGUCGGUCAACCGUCUGAUCCCAGCCCGCAGUACAACACGGCUGUAGACCGACCCUACAUUGCCCCGCGCAACGUCGGCGGCGGAGGAGGCAAGGCAGGCUCGCUCACCAUCACAUGGACGCCGCUGUCGCCGGAGGAGUGGAACUCGCCGGAGGUCUGGUACCGCGUGUAUUACCGUCCGUCCGGUGACCGAAGCGAGCCGAGAAAGAAGGACCUCCGCAAGCUGGGAAACGUGGGCCUGUACGUGGUACCCGUUGGCGAGGAGAACUACUUCUCGCCGUACGAGGUCCAGCUGCAGGCAGUGAACGUCGUGGGCGAGGGUCCCAUCUCAGAGCCGGAGAUUGUCUAUUCAGCCGAGGGCAUGCCUCAGGUGCAGCCCUCUGGCGUCUACGCCGUGCCGCACAAUUCCACCGCUUUGAAUGUCACCUGGACCCCACUGGACAUUACCCGGGAGAAGAUCCGUGGGCGCCUUAUUGGUCACCGAAUCAAGUACUGGCGCAGCGACCUGGACCGAGAAUUGGACUCCCUGAUCCUGCUCAAGCGAGGCAUCGAGAACUGGGGGCUCAUAGUGGGCCUGCAGCCCAACACGGAGUACCGGGUGGCCGUCAUGGCAUACAACGAGGCCGGCUCGGGCCCCGAGAGCGAGUUUUUCGUGGCCAAGACGUUCAAGGCCGCGCCCCUGCGUCCCCCGACGAGCGUCAAGGUGCAUGCCCUCUCCCCCACCAGCGUGCGCGUCACGUGGCGAGGUGUGGUGCCGUCCAUUGAAGAGGAGUCCAUACAGGGCUAUAAGGUUCGAUACUGGGAGGCAGACCAGGACCUCACAUCGGCCAAGGAAGUCUACAAGCAGCUCGACGGUGAAGACCUGGAAGCUGUUGUGUCGGGCCUGGUUCCCGGCAAAAUUUACAAGCUCCGAGUGCUUGCUUGGAGUUUUGGUGGCGACGGAAAGAUGUCCUCGCCUCCGUGGGAGUUCCGUGUCGGUGAUGGAGCAGCAUCCCCCUACAGGUCCAAAGCCUCCAUCACUGGCGGAAGCAUGCUGUUGUUAUGGCUGGCCUUCCUUUUUGCCAAGUUGUAGCAGGAGCGGGCAAGAGGAGUUUGAUAUGCGGGUGGAGAGACCGGGUACCUGGAUCAAUGACAAGAGUGGUUUCACGCAUGCCUGCAGCGCUCAUCGACAGAAAAGCGGUGGAUAGUUUUUUCACCCCUAUUUUGAACCACAGGAGGCCGUGGCACAAUGCUGGCAGAUUCUCAUCUGGAGGAGGGGAGCAGCUGAUGCGUAGCGUAGUUCACACUGGUCUUACGGCAUAACCCAGUGUGUCGGCCUCAGUGUCAUAGUGUACAUACUCCUGGCGGUCCAGUCCGAAUGUAUUAGUGCCUGAUCUCUGUGGUGAAAAUGCAUAGAGUGCGCACACUAACUCUGGCAGGAAUUUAUUGACAGACUGCUAUUUUAAUGCAGAUUGACAACAGAUGUGUUUUAGCUUUCUUUUUCAUUUUGUAAGCCUGUCUUUUUUGUCACUGGUCUGCUGAGGUCUUUUUCAUUCGAUGCAUUGUUACGGCAGCCUAAUAUUGUUACAUGUCUAUUCCAGGUUCAUUCUUUCCGCGCUUUGUCGAGAGUGUUUCAAGGUCGAUGUCUCCAACACAAAAAGGCGAAACGAAGAAUGUAUCAAACCAAAAUGAAAGGAUUUAGAAAACGUGGCCUGUGAUCAAUUGUUUUCCCAGCGACAGUGAAAUGGCAACUCCAGGCAUGGGGAAAUCAUGGGGCUUACUUUAGUGUGGAUGUCAUGAGCUGGGCAACACUUGAUUGACAUGACGUUGUGGAAGUUCGGCCCUAAAGUGUAUGUUAAAGGACUUUGUGUUAUUUGACAGGUGCAUUUUUAAAUGAAUCUCGUACCGCACAGGCCUAUAAAGGACAUGGCUUGCUGCAGGUUUUGCAUCACCUUGUAUGCAAUGUCUUAUUGCCAAGGAAUCGCUUAGGUAGAUUUCUUGGGCAUCCAGAUACAGUGCUAUAAACAGUACGUACGAGAGCUGACAUGCUGUGGUUUAUCUAUAGUUGAGUCGCUAACUGCUGCUGCAGGAACCACAGCGCAAUUAUGAUGAAAUGUGCAUUUCAUUUACUGCUUAUUGCAGUCAAUCCUUUUCAAAUCAAACCUGGACUCUUGUGAUUGCCUAUACUGGACACUGGAAAUCUUAGAAGUACUUGGAGGGAAUGAAACUGUGUAUGUUGAAACAGUACGUUGCGUUCAUGCCUCCCCAUACGUGUUUUUCUUUAGCAUUUUACAUGCCUUCAUGGUGUUCUGUCAGUCCUGUAUCACUUUUCACAUAUGUGCUCCCGUCUACGUGGUGCUCUGCUGUUGUGUAUGAGCGACUGCUUGAGCAGUUUGCAAUGCUGCAAACGGGAUAAAAUUACUUCUGAUGUGUCAUGAUUUAAUUUAGCUCUUGUGACACUUUUACUCCAGGAGUGAAGUCGCACUACUCUCAUCAAGGAAGUCGAGCCGCCUUCAUGCAAUGUCGUAUGGAAAAUGGACAUUGGUGUGCUCCACGCAGCUGACAGGUUGCACUUUCAGGAACUUGUCCAGUGUCCAGUACUCAGUAUCUGUCCUAAUUUAUGAAGCUCAAUUUAUGAAGUUGCAAACUUACAGAAGCAUGACUUCACGCAUUGAGUCUUUGGUAUUUGUGCUGAGAAAUUUACUAUUGCCCUGGAGUUCAGUUCAGCUUGAGCUCUAUUGUAGGCAUUGAUAGAUUCUCAGUGAGCAGAAAAUGCAAUGUUGUGCUAACGAAUCUCAUUCCCAGUGACAGCUGUUUUCAGUGUUUUGUAUCUAUUUUUCUCUUAUGGCAGCUCUCAGUUUUAGCAGCUGUAUAUGACACUUAGCUGCAGGCGGUAUUUUGAAGACAGGUAGGCAGCAAUGUAUUUUGAAUCUCGUCCUGAGAUGUAAGCUGGUUGUGACAUGUUUUUUAAAGGUAUCUCGAACUUUUAGUUGUACAUUCCAUGCAGAUGUAAUUUCGAGAAGCGUUUGCCCCUAAUGGAUUCGAGUGCUUACUGAUAGCAUCAAACCCGCUUUUUUUUUUAAGUAUUCACCUUGCAAACACAAUUGUGCAAGCUUAUGUUAAGUGAUUUGCCAAGUCAAAGAAUUUGCAUAACUAGAAUGCUAAAUAGAUAACCUAGAUGAGCACAAAGUCAUGGUCUCCUAUUAGACAGCUUUUGUUGUUGCAUUGUGAUGUUGAUGAGGUAGUUAACAAGCUCAGUACUUGCUGUCUCCAGCAGCGUUUCUGAAGUAACACUGCCAAUGUGUUUCAUAAUGCAUAUCUUAUCUUGACAAUCCUUUUAGCGGGCUUGUCUUAUCUCGCAAGCAUUGUAUAGUACUUGUAUCAACUUAUUUUAGACUGACAAAGUUUGCUUAGCCUCCUGGGCAAUUUGGGGAUUGCAGACAAGCCACACUUCUGGGUAGGUAACAGUUAGACAAGGGCAACAGAGUUUGUGAUAAUUCAGAUCUGAAGUUUUGUGAUGAAGCCAACAGAUUUAAAGUUGUAUGACCUAACUGUUCAAUGCUGUUUUAAGUUGGCGUGGCCUUCUAAUAGUAUUGCGAAUAGCAUGUCAUUGUUUUACACAACAUUCCUUUUUAGUUCCAUCCACUUUUUAUCGCUGCACUUUGUCUCGCGUAUAUAGGACCAUCUUGUUUUACCUCUUGUAAUGCCUAUGUCCUCGAGAAUCGUAUCAUUUAUAGAAAUGGGAAAUCAAUUGGUUUCGCGCUUCUAAGGCUGUUACUUGUCGUCUGACAUCAUGAAGUGUAUGCCAAGUGUUUGAUGUUAAUGCGCGAGGGUUUAGUUGUGCACUUUGAUGCUUAGAGUUGUCGGAAGCGUUAGGUUUAUGCCCUUUUAUGAUAUCUAUAGAAAGGGUUUCAGUGGUUGCGGUGUGAAUAUUGUUGCCAUGGUGCAGUUUUUUUUUUUGUCAAUUUCCGUCCUGGUUUGACCAAACCAUCAUCUGUGCAGUUUCUAAAUAUUGAACUUUAGUUUCUUAUUUGUCUCGAUAUCAGGAGUUCAGAAAUGCUUUACUCAAUUGCACGCACAUCAGAGUUGCUACAUAAAGCCAGCUUUCUGUAGCAACUCUGAUGUGUGUGCAACAGACCCACCAGCCACACUGUAACCCAUGCCUGCGAACUGUAAGGUGUGUUUUUUUCACAGUGCCUACAGCAAUUGCUUUGGCACACUCAUGGCUAACCGAGAAUUGAUUCUUCAGCUUGGUUAUUAAACAAGUCUGGCACUGUUUUUGUUAUUUUCAAUGGAAGCAGAUUUAGCUUGUCUGUUGACUGUUAAAAUGGUAACAAACCAUGUGAAUUACUUUUGUCCCUGGGACACUUUGUGUAGUUGUUACGCAAGUCGUAUAAGUGUUAUUGAAGUCAUUUAAACUAUGUAAAUCAUCUGAGACUUAUGAAACAAGAAUUGAGGCAUUGUCUCAUUGCCUGCCAUAGAAACACCUAGUUGUCUGAUUGGCCUUAACAACAUUCGGCACGAAAAUUUGUUGCAUAAUAUUACCAUUGUUGAAGUGUGAUGGGACACUUUGCCGUCUCCAUACUUCACCUAAGCAUCCACGUUAGGACGCCACACAAGCUACCUGUUGAUGCACUGCCACAGAGUAACUUUUUCCAUCAAUUAAGUACUUUAACGUUUAGAAGCGUGUGAGAAGGAUGUGUGUGCAUGGAUUUAUGCCAAAAUUCAUGCCUGCGUUCUGAUGUUUCUGACGUGGUAUUUGCCAUUGUAUCAUCUACAUUCCUUGCACCCCUUACGCGUAAUUGGUCUACAUUUUUGGUACUCAUUCUGCUGUGUGUCUGUCUUACUGGUGUGUUGCGCAUAACAUGCUAACGUUGCUUUAGUCAGGCCUGCUGAAACAGUUGACUUAGGGUUUUUUUUUUUUGCUGUACUUACUAUUUUGUGGAGCUUGUGUUGCUGUUGCUUCUAAUGUGUUUCUUCGUGAACAUGUGUUUGUGCAUCAAAAAAUGUUUAGUGUGGUUACAUUAUUCACUGUUUUUUUACUGAGGGGCAGCUAGCACGGUAAGGUGUGUAUCUUCAAACGAGAGUGGUCAGGAUCUUUUGAAUUAUUAUUGCAAUACAUCAUAGAUGACCAGAUUCUAUGCGAAACAGUGGAAACCACUGGCAUUGUGACAACAAAAUGUCGUAGCAACUGGGAACAUCUUCGAAAUGUUAUGAUGUUUAGGAAGUUGUGGUAAAUGUGUACUAUUUGAUCACACUAGCUAAUGCGUGUCAUGUCUACAAACACAGUUUUAUUACUUCAUCGUCCACCAAGGGUAGAAGUUAGAGUUUGUGUUUGCAGUACGUGGGGGAAAAAACAGCUUUCUUUGAAGCCUACUGAAAAAUGAAAGUUUACAUACCAGAGAUGUUCUGGCUCUGUAAUAGCUUGUUGUGACAGCUGUUAAAAGAUUUUGCCACUUGUUAGCAUUGCUGAAUAGUUGUACCUUUUUUUUCUACCCUUGGUCCGUAAACCUGAUGUUGCAUCUCAUAUUCAGCUCUCAUAUAAAAAAAACUCUAAAUAAAAUUUCACACUGCACACCAUUAGUACUGGUCAGGCAUAUAAAAAAAGUUGCCAAGAUGACUCAAAUGAACUGUUUAAACCUCAAACACGACUAAAACUUCAUAAAUAAAACGCCCCUGUUGCUAAAAAACUUGUAACUGUGUAGGAAUGUGAAAGUGUUAGCCAUUGCCAAAGUCCUCAUCUCUAUGUUACCUAGAGUGUAGCAUGUUAGUGCUUAGUGUUUGAGAUAUUCAGUUUUAUUGGUUUUACGGGUUCUUCAGGUUUUACAAACAUUUAGCGUUUAAACAACUGUUUGAUGUGUGCAACUUGAAGGGGCUAUGAAGGUUUUUGACCUCCUUGGGUGCAAGCCUCAUCUUUAUGUUUCUUGCAUGGAAUCACCGCUAAAUUCAUAAUUGCACCCUUAUUUAACAGCUUUUGCUUGAUAUGAACAGUUAUAUGUCGCAAGGCAAGUUAAGCAGUUAUUGCAUACACAAAUCUUUCACUGCCCUUUUUCCCGGUAUGUGGUAAUCCAGUAAUGAUUGCAUUCACAUUGCAAUAACUUUAAUUUGUCAAUGAAGGUAUUCUUUCAUUUCUCCGCUUCUUGCUCACUAAAUGCAUGGCAAAACACAGUCUUCACGGCUAAUGUGCCAACUCAUAUUCUUAUCAUUCCAAACAUGUCAAUGUGUGCUUCUGUGUUUUCUUUCCUUUUAAUGCAGGUGAUAUCGUAUAAAGCAAUAUUUGAGGUCAAAUUUAGCCCCGUAUUUUAAGAUGUUCAAGCACAUUUAAAACCUUUCAAUCAGCUAAAUAAAACCAAGGCCCAAGAGCAGCACAUAUAUGCAAAUUUGAGCCAUGAAAGUUUGUUCUUAAGUGUCCACUUACGUGCUUCACAAUCUUCUAUUACGCGGUCCUCCACGCAUAAUUUUGCCACUGUUGCAGAGACUGGCAGCCAGAUCUCGCAGACUUGGCGUGUUUGUUACUUGUUUUGCUGGCCUGCAGCACUUGGUUUCCUAGCACUCAACUGCACGCUUGAUGAACGGGCACAUUGUCUUUACAGCUGCAACUAUGUCGUACGUGUGGUAUGGUAUUAACUGGCAUCUGUUCAUCCACAUGUUCUGCAUAAUUGUGUGAUCCUUGUCAGAAGAGGUGUUUAAAGCAUUGAUAACAGUAUGUUUGAGCCCUGUGCAAUAAAGACAUAAAUGCUAGAAAUCACAAAGCUACGAUAACAUCGUUAAACCGUUCCAGAUUGUAAGAAAUAUGUCGAAUACACGUAUUGCUUGCCUGCGACGAGUUCGCCCAAACAAGUGUCACGCAAAUGUGCUCUUAAUGAACCAAAUUGCUACACACCUCUUUAUUCAAGUACCAACAUAGCUUUGGAGUGGCCCCAGUGGUGCCCCAUGUGAACAUUGGGAUACUCUGCAAUCUCAGUUUGGCCUUUGUUACUCUUCAUUCUCAUUACAAGAGUGCUCUCUUUUUGUUCAUACUGCAAACACUAUGAAUCUCGUGAAACCUGGCACAGGAAUUAUUGUGCAAGAAGCUCUCACAGGCCUUGGUAACCUGGUGGACAGUUAGGGCCAAUCUACAUUUUAAUGAAUUAUAUUAGCAACGAACUGGAGACUUGCAGUGCUGUUUGAACAUGCUUAUUUAAAUGUAGCCAUCAUUUCUAUAUAUAAUCGGCGUACCGAAUGCACGAUGAGUUGGUUUUGUAUUUUUAUACAUACGAGAGAUCGGUACACUUACAAGUGAAGUGGUGUCUAAAUGAAUAUGUAACCUGUCAUUUCUUGCAAUCUUUUUUGUUUGUUUGCAUUGCAGAGGCAAAAAAAAAAAAAAGACGAGUUUCAUGUAAGUUCAUUCAAAACAUUCCAGAGACUACACAGAUUGUCCAAACAGAUUUCACAUGUACAUAUGGCAAUACCACUGUGUGGAGGAAUGCCUGAUAAUAAAAGAACAUAUUUUUCAACA